UAAAACCCUAGCUACAGAGUCCACCGGCAGCGCCUGCGUCGAAACCUGCCCAACACCUCCAGGUCGGGUUAAAGGCUUGCUGGAUCAGAGUCUAAACCAUCUGGCAAGUUGGUUUUCUGUGGGACGUAACGGUGGAGAGUCUAGAGCUGGUGAAGCGCUUUGUUCUCUGCCCUGGGUGUCUUUAGGGGAGGAGAAACUCAGUUUCGAACUGGUCGCCGGAAGUAAACCCUCUGCGGGUCGGUUGGCCGAGACCAAGAGAGAACGCUCAGACCGGUUAUCUGAAUUGGAAUAUAUCUCCAAUGGAGAUUAAUUUGGGGAAACUUCCAUUCGAUAUUGAUUUCCAUCCUUCCAACACGCUCGUUGCUGCAGGUCUGAUUAAUGGAGACCUGCACUUGUAUCGUUAUGGUGCCAAUUCCUUACCACAAAGGCUAUUGGAGGUUCACGCCCAUGGCGAAGAAUCUUGUAGAGCUGUUCGUUUUAUCAACGAGGGACAUGCAAUUGUGACCGGUUCUCCAGACUGCUCAAUUCUUGCCACGGAUGUGGAAACUGGAUCAGCUAUUGCUCGGCUUGAACAUUCUCAUGGGGCUGCCAUUAAUCGAUUGAUCAACUUGACUGAAACAACCAUUGCCUCGGGAGAUGAUGAAGGAUGUAUUAAGGUAUGGGAUACCAGACAACAAUCUUGCUGCAACUCCUUUGAUGCUCAUGAAGAAUAUAUUUCAGAUAUGACUUUUGCAUCUGAUUCCAUGAAACUUUUGGGAGUGAGUGGAGAUGGGACUCUAUCUGUUUGCAAUCUUCGAAGAAAUAAGGUCCAAGUUCAGUCUGAGUUUUCAGAAGAUGAGCUACUGUCUGUUGUUAUAAUGAAGAACGGUCGAAAAGUUAUUUGUGGAACACAGAGUGGAGCUCUAUUACUGUAUUCAUGGGGCCAUUUCAAGGAUUGCAGUGACCGCUUUAUUGAUCUCUCUCCAAACUCCGUUGAUGCUUUAUUGAAGCUUGAUGAAGAUAGGGUCAUUACUGGAUCUGAGAAUGGACUCAUCAGCCUGGUAGGCAUAUUACCAAACAGAAUAAUCCAACCAAUUGCAGAGCAUUCAGAAUAUCCUGUUGAGCGCCUUGCCUUUUCUUUUGAUAGAAAGUAUCUUGGCAGUAUAUCACAUGACCAGAUGUUGAAGCUAUGGGAUUUGGAUGAUCUAUUGCAAGGUUCUGGAAGUACUCUAAGGAGUCGAGAAGCCAUGGCAGACAGUGAUAGCGAUGAAAUGGAUGUGGAUGCUAAAGAGACCAAAAGAAAAACAGCGAGUAAUGGACAAGCUCUUAACAGCUCUAGUAGCUUUUUUGCUGAUUUGUAGUGAGAUGAUGGAACCACUCCUUUUACAACUUGGUGGUAAUUGAACAUUUCUGAGAGAAAGUCCUCAUUCACAAAUGCAAAGGCAUACAUCAGUCCUGUACGUUGGAAGAAUGCUUUGGUUACUAGGAAUAAAUAUUGUCGUGGGUGAAGUGUGCUUUCAAAGUUUUGGUUUAUUUAUUACCUUGCAUUCAAGAGUCUGAAAUUUUUUAUGAAACAAGUGUUGUUAUUAUCCAUAUUAUCAACCAAUGAAAUGUAGAAAUUGAUUCCAUUCGUAUGAUUA